AUGUCGCUAGUCGUGAAACUCAACCGUUUCAAGGUGCUGAAAUGCAAGAAUGAGAAGUACGCGCGCUUGGAGUUCCGGGGCUUAUCUUAUCUAAGCGAUGCCCUUCCAGAACUUACCACAAAUAACUUGUUUAUUACUUUGAAGAACCAACUUGGUAUGGCAAAAACUCUUAUAAUCUGA